AUGGCCCCGGACAAUGUUGGGAUGACAGAGGUCUGCCCCGUGCGCGUGGUCGCGCGCUUUCGCCCCCCUGUCACACCAGAGGAGCGUCAGGAGCCCUCUGCAGCUUUCGUGGUGGAAGAAGGGGUGAUUGAGUCUGCAGAUCAUUUGUGCGGCCGCCAUGUUUUGGCCAAUCAGCAGCCAUUUCUACCACCACCUUGGAUGGUUUUGGGACAUGUGUUUCAGAAGUGCUCCAUCGAAGAUGACAUUUAA